CCCUCACUCACUCACUCACUCACUCACUCACUCACUCACUCCAAGAGACACUUGCAUGGCUCACGCCUUCUCGAGCAUACGGAAGCUGGUAUGGCACAACAUAACCCGCAUCAAAGGGCUUGGCGAAUGUUCUGCUUCGACAAAGAAGUAUCUCUGUAGCUCUCUCUGCUUAUUGCGUGCCUUCGCUAGCGCUCGCGAGAGCAGACCACCAAGUGCUGAGCGCAAAGGUCGCUCGUGGACGCAAGACGAGUUGGACCAAUUAUGGCAACUACACUCUGCCGGCAAGAAUGUCAGAGAAAUCCGUUCUAGCCUGAAUACCCGUAGGUCCUGGUCGGCUAUCAACGAAGUGCUACGGAGCUAUCGACGAUCGCCUGCUACAAUCCGAAUGAAUCCGUGGACACGAGAAGAGGAAGAUUUGCUCGUGAUACGCCGUCAGCAGGGAAAUACCUCCAAAUCUAUCGCUCACGAACUCGGCCGAUCUAGAGCUAGUGUCAGCACAAAAUAUAGCAUGAUGCGCCCGCGGGAGGCAGCCCCGCAAGCCCGAAGGCGCAGGUGGACCCAAGACGAAGUAGAUCGCGCGCUUGUCAUGAGGGCUGAGGGCUGGACCCAUUACAGCAUUGCCACCGUUCUGGGCAGAUCCUACGAAGCUGUAAGGCAAAAUCUAGCGCGCCAAUGCACAACAGAUUCCGAUGUCGUGAAUUACAAAAGACGUUUCACAUCCGCAGAAGACGAAAAGUUACGAAGCCUAUGUGGAAAGCUGAGCUGCUUUCGACAUGUCGCGGACGCUAUGCCCGACCGCUUGUACGGGUCGUUGAUGAUACGCGCGAAAACGCUGGGCGUAUGGAAGCCUUCCGGUAGGAGAGUUCCUUGGACUGCGUCUGAGAUCGAUCGUUUAAAAGAGCUCCGACGCCGGGGAGUAUCCUAUAAGUUGUGCGCUUCGUUAUUACCGGGCAGAACAGAGGACGCCAUUCGUGUCCAAUUUGCAAGACUCUGACGAAGGCAUCAUUUGCUGUCUGCCUGUCUGCAAACGGGGAGUAUGCCAGGUGACUUUCCAACUAGACUCUGAACCGUGAAACGUGAGACCUUAGAUCAGCUUUCGACUAGACCCUUCCGCGAUAUUGGAAAAGCUGGAAAAGUAUGAAGGGUAUAUAGUAUGUCAGAGAUGGGCCAGCCCUGUCAAUCUGGUUCGUCCCUUGUAUCACGCACCGCGACAUCUGGACCAGCAGUCACACGGGAGACACUCUACCAGCAGCACACACACCACACACAUCCUCCUGUUGUCCCUUCUUUUUUAUCUACUUCUAUCAAACCGAGUUGGAGAGUUCUGUACCGCUUCAAUCUUUGCUCCGGUUCUUCCACAUUCGCUAAAAGUUUCACCAGAAGCGAAUCACGGACUACCUCACCAAACCUCGCCAGCUCUAUUUCCAAGGUACCUAGGUAGUUUGUCCCACGUAAUUCUGUCACAGCAGAUCACGCGCCUAUGGUUAUAUUUUUCAGUCAUUCUAGACACCUUGUCAACAGAGAACCACGAUUACGCCCUUAGCUACACUAUCCCCAAAAGACCUACCUGAUAGGAGGGAAUGUGUCAAAUCACAAGGCUCGACCUUGUCCUCUUCGUUACCUACUUACAUCUAUACGGAGCAAUUCGAUUCCUGUGAG